CUUUCUUAGCUGCCAAUAAUUUAUUAUCAUGUGCUUACUUCCAAAAUAAAUGGAUAAAUACCCACGUCUUCGUUUCUCAUUUCACCACAAAAAUAGUUUGAGAUACACAUAUGGCCAUGAAUACUGUCCCAUGGUUGAUCGGAUUGUGUUGUUCAGUUAUCCUUAGUCAUGGAGUUCAAGCUUCUCAUCAUCUAUACAGAAACUUUCAAUCUCUUCAAUCUAAUGGUACCCCCAUAUAUCAGCCUUACCGAACUGGUUAUCAUUUCCAACCUGCUAAAAAUUGGAUGAAUGAUCCUAAUGCGCCUAUGAUUUACAAUGGAAUAUACCAUCUAUUCUAUCAAUGGAGCACUUCCGGUGCAGUUUGGGGUGACAUAGUGUGGGCUCAUGCGACAUCCACCGAUCUCGUAAACUGGAAUCACCAUAAAAUCGCGAUGGUCCCAUCGGAACCAUUUGAUAUCGAAGGUGUUUGGUCAGGCUCAGCAACAUUUAUACAAGGAAAGCCGAUUAUUCAAUACACGGGAAUUAUUAAGUCGAAUCAAUGGAACUACCAAGUUCAGGACAUGGCAGUGCCGAAGGACUUAUCUGAUCCUUACCUCGUAGAGUGGAAUAAACCAAUUGAAUACAAUCCAGUAAUUAAACCCACUGACGGUAUCAAUGCUAGUGCUUUCAGAGAUCCGACUACUGGUUGGAAGGGUCCUGACGGAAUCUGGAGAACGACAAUAGGAAGCAAAGUGGGCAACAAUGGAGUAUCAUUUUUAUUUCGAAGUAGUGAUUUUAUUCAUUGGACUAAAGCAGAACAACCUCUACAUUGGGCGAAGGACACCGGAAUGUGGGAAUGCCCAGAUUUCUUUCCCGUGGCUGUUGAUGAUAAAGAGGGUCUGGAUACUUCAGUUCUCGGUCCUAGUGUUAAACACGUGUUCAAGGUGAGCUUGGAUGAUACCAAGCAUGACUACUAUACUAUUGGAACUUACAACCCUGAAACGGAUAAGUAUACUCCUGACGAAGGAUCCAUCGAUAAUGAUUCUGGUUUGAGGUUUGAUUACGGAAAAUUUUACGCUUCGAAAACAUUCUUUGAUCAUGGAAAGAAAAGGAGAGUACUGUGGGGUUGGGCAAAUGAAUCUAGUAGUGUAGCUGAUGAUGUCAAGAAAGGUUGGGCGGGAUUGCAGGCAGUUCCUCGAACAGUAUGGCUUGAGGAAAAUGGUAAGCAAUUGAAACAAUGGCCUGUUGAAGAAAUAGAGCAACUCCGCACCAAACGAGUUUCUUUACGAAGUCAAGUUCUUAAAGGGGGUUCAGUAUUAGAAGUUCCUGGUCUAACAGCUUCACAGGCAGAUGUAGAUGUUAAAUUUAAACUGCCGAAGCUGAAAGAUGUAGAAAUCAUGGACCCUAGUUGGGUUAACCCACAACUACUUUGUAGUUCAAAGCCAGCAUCAGUGCAAGGGAAAUCAGGACCAUUUGGCUUGCUGGCUUUGGCUUCUAAGAACCUAGAAGAACAGACAGCUAUUUUCUUCAGAGUAUUUAACCAUCAAAACAAAUAUGUUGUGCUCAUGUGUAGUGAUCAGAGCAGGUCAUCUUUGGAAGAAAGUAACGACAAAACCACAUAUGGAGCUUUUAUUGAUGUUGAUCCUCAUCAUGAUCAGACGCUAUCUCUAAGGAGCUUGAUUGAUCAUUCAGUAGUGGAGAGUUAUGGUGUUGACGGCAAAGCUGUUAUAUUAGCUAGAGUAUAUCCAACACUAGCUACUGACAGAGAAGCUCACCUUUACGUAUUCAACAACGGAACUGGAAAUGUAAAGAUGUCUAGUCUUAAGGCAUGGAGUAUGAAGAAAGCUGAAAUCAAGUAUCUAAAAGAUUUGAAGCAUUCAGAUAGCUAAUUUCUAAAGACAUUGGAUCUCAGAUUUUCACACAUUUACAGAGUGGGGAAUUUAUCUGAAGAUGUGUUGGUUAAGUAUAUAUGGGGAUAUUAUUACCGAGACUCAUUUGCGGUGUUCUCCAGCUUCUAUUAUUCAUGCUGUAAUGAGUGAGAAAAUGAUAUUUUUCCGACUUAUUGUUUUGUUAACAGCCUGGAGGUUUGGUUUUAUGUCUCCCUCCUUUCUGUUUUUGAUUUUCAUUGAUAAAUAAAACUACCCUGUCUCGGGUUUGUCUAACAAAUAGUCCAAGGCAGAUCCUCCA